GACGCUACAGUGCAAUAUGGCGGGAGCUGGUGCUAAAACUUUUGUGGACAAAAAGCUAGCCCAAAGAAAAGUUUUAUUGUUCUCUAAGUCAACUGACCCUGAUUGCAAUGUUGCAAAGAAUAUUUUUACAGAAUUUAACUUGGGACAUGAUAUUUAUGAGGUCGUUGAAAUAGAAAAGAGGCAAGAUUGCACACAGAUUGAGAACUAUUUCCAAGUUUUAUGUUUGUCUGAUACUCGAGAGGUUCCACAGCUAUUUAUAGAUGGUAAAUACAUUGGAGGAUGGCGAGAGAUCCCCCGACUCCAUAAGUCAGGAAAACUGGCAGAAAUGGUAUACAACUGGAAAAAGAAAUGAAAGCAAGAGUGUCAGUUCUAGUAAUAAAACUAUGUGACUAAAUUUGUAAAAAAAAAAACCCAUUGUACUCAAUUUAUAUAGAAAUUUACUAUUUAUUUUGAUAUAAGCAUGAUAAUAUUGUGUUUUUAGAUUUGUGUUAUUGUUGAGAUUACAUGUAUAACAACUGAAAAUGAAAUUUGUUUGCCAGUAUUGUAUUUGAAUUUUCUGUGAUGGAAGAUUUUUAUGAGAUUAAGAAAAAAUAGUUUUAUUCUAUUAACAUCCAAUUGUUUACAUAUUAUUUGAUAAUGCAACUACUUCUGCUAAAUGUUUUGAAUACAUUGGUACUCUAAUCUAUCUGAGUUGUCUUAGGAUAUAUCUCUUUAGAGAACCAAUAUUUUCAAUUUACAGAAAAGUAAAAACGAGAAUGUUCGUAUUCUUUAGUAUAAAAUAAUAUUUUCUUAAAUGGGUGUUCUAGUAUUUUCUUAAAUGGGUGUUCUAGCAAUACAUGAUUUAAUGACAUAUAAUUCUAGAUUUAUAUAAAGAUAAAAAAGCUUUUUUCGUAAAGUAAUAAUUCUUGAUCAAUAAUUGAUUGCCACUAAUUUUAUAAAUCAUGAACUUUUGUAUCCAUAUUUUGAAUUUCUAAAAAAUCUAAAUGAAAGAUUAAACACAUUGAUCUUGAUUUACAGCAAUAUCUUAUAUAAAUCACAAAGCAUGUAUGAAGAAAAAAGUAAUUGAACAAUUCAUCUUCAAUAGGUAUUUUUUUUAAGAAUGGCAAGUUUGUAAACCAUGGAAAAUUUUGUCAUGUAUAAUUGAUUGAAAUUUUCUAGAUGUAGUUCCUUUGUAAUAUCAAAUUUGAUUCAGUAUUUUUGGUAAUACAUUUUUGUGCCAAUAUUUAUAGGAAAGUGAUUUUCGUUAACAGUGUCAAAUGUUUUACCAUACAAUUUAUUGUAUUUACUACCGAACAUUAUUUUAUUAGUUUUAUAGUUUUAUUGCUAAAUUAAAGUAAUAUACAGAUGGUCUUCUUUAAAAUAUAUGAUUUAAAGUAGCAUUUUACAGUAGUUUUUUUAAACUACCAUCAUAGUGCCAAAAUGAAAAUUAGUAAGAUGAAAUACUAUAAAAACAAUUGUGACUAGAUUUAUUUACCUGAAAACAGCUCUAAAAAAGCACUAACAGUCAUACAUUUUAUUUUAUCUGAAGGCUGAAAUUAACAAUGACUGAAAAUAGUUGUUCUAAGAAGAGAAGGUGUUAUAGACAUUGACAAAUGGUUUGCUCUGCUAAAUGCUAGUUAGAAUCGAGGAAAUAUAUGCUAUUGUGAGCUAUACAUUAUUAAAUUGAUGAUGUCAUGUAUAUUUCUAACAUGUGUGUUAUUCCAAAAAAAGAUUUUUAUGUGUAGUAUACCCACAUGUACAUGUAAGUAUUUAAAUAAUAAUGAAUGUAUCAUCUCCAAAAUACUUGAAUAGUUCUAUCUUGUACUUUUGUCAUCUCUUCCUUGGAAAUCACAUUUAACUCAAUUGCUUUACAUUUCCUUCAGUGAGCAUUAGAUGGAAGAUGUUUAAAGACUGGUUUCCUGAUCAUAGAAACCUGAUUGGGUAUACUUUCUUAAAAUGUGGGUACCAGUGUAUUAAUGUAGUAAACAAAAUGAUCUAUCCUUCCAAUAAUAAUUGUUCACAGAAAUUGUUUUGUUUUGUCUUUCAUACCUUGAGCAUUUACUUUGUAUUGUUAUUUAUACAUAAUAUUUGUUAGUUGCACAUAUUUGCAAUAUUUUCAAAUAUUCAGAGUUCUGUUUUUUUAGAAUGAGCAAUAUUGUGUGUAUUACAAGUAAAUGGACAAUUUAGUACAUUUAUCUUCACUUUUUAAUUUUAUAUAUACCGGUAUUCUUUUAUCAUAUUUGUAAACAUUUUUGAAGUUAACUAUUUUUCUGUUUUAUUUAGAAAAUAAAUUUAUUUCACAUUU